AUGAACCGCCUCACUUGGAAGAAUUUGAAGAAACUACAAACCCUACUAACUCUACUCUAUAAAUACAACUCAGUCUCAACUCUCAAGGACAUUCAUCAUGCAAAAAUCAAGAAUCAAAGAAUGGUUUACAUAGAAAGAAGUACGGAGAAAGAUCUGAUAGAUUUGUUCGAAGUUGCAUUGUUUGCAUCCAAAGGAGCCGAAAAAAGGGAUGAACGUCGAUGCCGCCGUGCACUAACUCGCAUAAAGGAGUACCCUCAUCAUCAUAUUUCUGCGCAGUUUCUUCUCCGCAACAAAAUCGCCACAGGCAUUAUCUCAAUGAGAUCACACCCUUGCCACAAAAUCCAGAGGCUGUCUCGUCAGAUAGUUUCCAUGUGGAAGACCAAGUUUUCUCACGAACCAACUCCCACAGCCGAGAAACCUUCUAAAUUUCAGAACAGCGAAACCAGCAAGAAAGUUCCAGCGUGCAACAGUUCCGCCAGGGACAAUUUAAAGAAAGAAAUAUUAAAGGGUUUAUGCAUGGUGCUUCAGGAAACAAAUAAUUCUACAACACGUGAUCCGGUGAGAGUUGCUGCUUCUUUGGAGUCGGAGUUGUUUUUGAAGUGGGGAGUCUUAAGUAAUGGAAAUCGUGAUAAAUACAAGUCAGUCUUGUCCAAACUCAAAGAUCCCAAGAACUCUGAUUUUCGGACAAGAAUUAUGAUUGGAGAAAUAAGUCCUGAGAGAGUAGUUUUCUUGAGUACGCUUGAGAUAGCCAGUGAUCUCACAAAAGCCCGCCAUCGAGCUCAAGAACUAAAGAAAGAUCAUCUCUUUCAAUUCAACUUCUGA